AUGGCUGAAGGGAAGCACCACCACAAGGACGGCGAGGAAGUUGAUUACAAGAAGGAGGAGAAGCACCACAAACAUCUUGAGCAUCUUGGCGAGCUCGGUACUGUUGCUGCUGGAGCUUAUGCGUUGCAUGAGAAGCAUCAGGCAAAGAAAGACCCAGAGCAUGCACACAGAUUCAAAAUAGAAGAGGAGAUUGCAGCAGCAGUUGUAGUUGGAUCUGGCGGAAUGGCUUUCCAUGAACAUCGCGAGAAGAAAGAAUUCAAGAAAGAGGAUGAAGAGGCUCAUGGAAAGAAGCACCAUCUCUUUUAA